AAACCUUCGAGCAAAACGAGUGAAUGAAAAAGAGAAAACCUAGAAGAGAGAGAGAGUGAUGUGAAGCGAGAGAGCUCAGAGGGAGAGAGUGGUACAUAACUUAACCUUCUGCAAAUCGACGGUCAUUGAUUCGUUUUACUUGCUGGCGAAUUGAUCCACAAUCUUGAAAAUUCAAAAUUUUCCGAUUCUUGAAACAUUUUGAGAGAAAAUUUUGUAAUUUUUCCACCGUAGUUAUGGGCAAAUUCAAGAGGGUUUUGGUUUUGGAAGUCGAGGAAGCCAAGGAUAAAAAUGCUGAAACUCCUGGUGGCAAGUACAGAAGGGACAGCCCCUGGCUCGUUGAGUCUUUCAAGAAGAAGGGAGUUGAGUCAGACAUUCUCUUCAUUACCGGCAAAGACACUGCCGCUUCACUGAAAGCCAAGUACCCAGAUACUGCUUUCCUGGGACGUGUCAAUCCCAUGGACUAUCCAAGCAUUUCCUUGAACCACUACGUGCAAAUCCUGAACGAUUUCAAAAAGGAGGGUAUCUUGUUGGGUCCUGAAGCCGAUCACAUGGAUCGUUUGGGAAGCAAAAUGAUCUUGUACGAGCUUAAAGACACCGGAAUGGGAGUUAAGGGAACUAUUCUGCAUUCGUACGAUGCCAUGAAGAAAAACGACGGCGAAAUUGAUAGAAUCAUCCCAAAAGGAGGACCUCCACGCGUGUUGAAGAUGCUCCGUGGAUCCACUGGUUUGGGAGUUUGGAAGCUGGAAAACAAAGAUGACCACAUCCUCAUGACUGAUGCUUACAACCAAACCACUAAAGAAAUUGCCCGUAAAGAUGUUAUUCCUGAGUUUUUGGCCCUCUGCCAGGAAGAUGCUAUCAGUAUGCCCUUCCUUCCUCUCAUCAAGGAUGGUGAAUUCCGUUUCUUGCUCUCCAAACACAAGAUUCUGGAAGUCGUGCACAAGAAACCGGUUGACGAAUCAGCAUUCACUGCCACGUUGAGGUCCGGAGCCAUCUACACAACUUUAGACUUGAACGAACACAAGUCUCUCGUCGACACCGUAGUUGCGUGGACCCACGAGUUGAAGACAACCUGCAAGUUGGAUGAUGUUCCAUAUUGGUGGUCAGUUGAUUGCAUUGAGGAAGAACUCGGACCGGAGGGACUGCAGCCUGGGCAGAUUCCAAGCUCCAAAGCUGGUCGUCGUCUCGUCCUCUCAGAAAUCAACUGCAGCUGCUUGGGACUCGUUGCCGAUACUUCCGCUGAAGCAAAAGCCAAGGGUCUCAAGUUUUCCGACCUGAUUGCCGAUAUCGUUCUGUCAUAAAUACCGUUUGACCAUCAGCGGUUGCCGCGUUAGUCAAUGGACAGCAAAUAAAUUAGAAAUUUUUCAAGACUUACUCGUUGAUUAGAUGCAUUAAGCGUUGCCAAAUAUUGUAAUGUUGAUGCGAUGUCAUGCGAAUGAGGAAUAUUUUUAUAUCUUUUAUAAUUCAAUUUACACUUUAUGAUUCGUUUGAUUUUAAACAAUACAAUUAAGAUAUUCAAUAGGUUAUGAGUUUAACAAUAACACCACUGCGAUCUAAACUUUUUCAAUUUCUUGCAAUAAAUUUAUUUGUGAAUAAAAGUGGAAAAACAAAUUGAAAAUAAAAUAAUCAUUGAAAAUGUAGUUAGUGACGUUGUUCAAAAUAAAAACUCUGACAAUAAAAUAUAGUUUAAAAAAAUUCA